GUCUUCAGAAGGACCCAGCAGCGGAGAUUCCGCCCUGUUAUCAAAACUAGGUGGUGCCUUCUUUGGGGGGCCCAAUUCCCCACAGCGGGUCGUCACAAAUAUCCGUGGAUUCCUUGCGAAUCGACUCACUGGGGCAAUUCCCGAUACAGGAUGGCGAGACUCAUUGCUGUCGCUUCCGAAAAAGUGGUUGUCUACAACGGAGUCCACGGACGAGCAUGGCUUUCCCGAAGAACUACCAAAAGUACCUGUACCACCGCUGGAGCAGACAAUGACCGAGUACUUGCGGCUGUUGGAGCCAAUUCUCACGGCACAGCAUCACGAACGCGUAAAAGCGAUCGUGAAGCAAUUCACCGCACCCACAGGACUCGGUCCAAUUCUGCAGGAGUACCUCAUUGAGAAAAGAGAGGCGGAGGCAAACUGGGCCUACAACUACUGGCUCAACGAUAUGUACAUGGAUGUGAGACUUGCCCUGCCGAUUAAUUCAAACCCAGGAAUGGUACUGCCACCACGUAAAUUCACAACUGUCCACGAUGUAGCUCGAUUCUCUGCCCGCUUCAUUGAUGGCAUCAUAAAGCAUAAAGACAUCCUCGAAAGUGGAAAAUUCCCCCAAGAACGAGCCACAUCCCGCGAAAAAGGUCAACCUCUGUGCAUGGCUCAGUAUUACCGUCUCCUUGGCGCCUGCCGUCGUCCGGGUGAUCCCCAAGAUAGCCAAUACCUCCCGGAAGCACGCAUGGAUCAGCAUGUGAUCGUGGUUUGUCGCAAUCAGAUGUACUGCGUUCCCAUCCGUGCCAGUGAUCGUGGGCAGCUGACUGAAGAUGAGAUUGCAUCGCAACUUCUGUACAUCCUCAGUGAUGCUCCGUGCUUGCCAGCUGCUCCACCACCUGUUGGUCUUCUCACGGCACAAGCACGUGAUGAGUGGGCGCACGAUCGGGAAGCUCUGCUGCAGGAUGAGCAGAAUGUCCGGAAUAUCGAGCUGAUUGAGCAAUCACUCAUCCUUCUCUGCCUGGAUGAAUCUCUGCCCAUGUCCUUCAAUGCUCGUGCUACAAAUGGCGACUCAAGUGUGGGGCAUUUUGUUUCUGGGCGCGAUGAGACAAACAUGGAGCAUGAGAUGAUUCAUGGGGGUGGCAGUGAGUACAAUAGUGGGAAUCGGUGGUUUGAUAAAACAAUGCAGAUUAUUGUGUGCAACGACGGUACAUGGGGUCUGUGCUAUGAGCACUCCAUGGCUGAGGGAAUUGCUGUAAUUCAGCUGGUUGAGGGAAUUCUACGUGACAUUGAUGCAAUGGGUAAUGUGGAGGAAGGUGUGGGGCAGCAGCAUCUACCACCGCCUGAACGUCUUGAGUGGGUCAUCAGGCCACCAAUGCAGCGUCGUUUGGUAAUUGCAGCUAAAUCCUUUGAUCAACGCAUUGAGGAUCUGGAUUUCUACGUGUACCGAUACCAAUUUUAUGGGAAGAAUUUCAUUAAAGCCUGCCAAGUUAGCCCUGAUUGCUACAUCCAACUUGCACUGCAGCUAGCUUACUACAAGUUGUACGGGCAUCUGGUCAGCACUUACGAGAGUGCAGGAACGAGAAGAUUCCUCUUUGGACGCGUAGAUUGCAUUCGAUCAGCAACAACAGAAGCUCUUGAAUGGGCAAAGGCAAUGUGUCAGGAUGAAGGACCCAAUGUUCCUCUUGAGAGCGACAAGGAAGACGACGACAAAGAUGCUAAGAGAGUUACCUUCAGCAUCUACAGUAAAGAUCAUCUGAGGGAGCUUUUCCGAUGCGCUGCUGCUCGUCAAACGGAAAUCAUGGUGCAGAAUAUCCUUGGUCAGGGAAUCGAUAUUCAUCUCUUAGGCCUCCGAGAAGCUUGUAAAGAACGUGGAGGUCCACUGCAUGAACUCUUCACCGAUGAAAGCUACAAGAUUGCCAAUUGUUUCCUCCUGUCCACGAGUCAGGUGGCUUGCUCAACAGAUAGCUUCAUGGGGUAUGGACCUGUGACCCCCAAAGGAUACGGAUGCUCCUACAAUCCUUACCCUGAGGAAAUUGUCUUCUGCAUCUCGGCAUUCUUCUCAGCUGAAAAUACCAGCACCACACGGUAUGCAAAGUCCCUACAGGACAGUCUGGGCAUCAUGCGUGAUCUACUAUCUUCGUAAAUUAAUUUUAAAAAGAAAAAAAAACACCCUAAAAACGCUUAUUUAUAAACUCAUCUUCUAAAGAAAAAAAAACUACAAGAAAAACCUUCCGCGGUGGAAGAAAAACAACACACUGAAUCGAAAGCUUUACGAAACACGUGAAAAAAAAUGGAAGCUUGUGCACCAGAAUAUAAUUCUGAAGAGAGAAAAUAUUUAUUAUUAAAAAAAAUCUAUUUAGUGUUGAAAAAAAAAGAGAAUUUAUUGGUGUUAACUAGUUGGAUGAAAAGAAGAACAAAAGAAUAUUGUUAAUUUAGCAAAAAUUAGUUUGUUAAUCUAUUGGGGAAUUUGUGUUGGAACUUUGAGGAAUUUUUGAGAGAAAAACUUUAAGAAGAUUUUUCGGCAAAGAGAUAAAGCCACGCGGUACAUCAUUUUGUGGUUUUUUGCCUAAUAAAAAAAAUUGUAUACAAAGGACAAUUUUGAUGAAAAAAUAAUGAAACCGAAACAUAUCACUUUUGUAGUUUUAAACAGAGAAUUUUUGUGAGAAAGUUGCAAAAAAAAAACUUUCAAAAUGAAAACGAUACAUAUCACUAUCAACGGAUAUUUUGUAGUAAUGGAGACACCAUGUGGGGGUGUUGUAGAAAUGCCUAAAAUGUUGUAAAAAUAUUUACCAGAAUUGUAUGAAAUAAUAUUGAGAUGUUUACAAGAAAAAAAAGUAGGUAAAUGUGUAGUUGUAGAUAAAAAAAAAAGUAGAGAACCACUGCGUGUAUUAGCAAUAUCACAAAUUCUAGUUUAGUAAACCACCAAAAAAAUCAAGACAUAAAAUAACGAGAAUAUUUAUUGGAAAAUGUUAUUAUUGAAUGUUUUUUCGUGGACAAAGCGUUUUCUUGGAUCCCUCCUUAACUAAUAAAAAACACCGAAAAAUUUAAUUGAUUUGUAAAAGUUUUUCAAAAUAAUUUUGUUUUUGCAGUUAAGAUUUAAUUUAUAAUUAUGAAAAAGAUAGUCAAAAACUUUACAAACUUUUGGCAAACUUUUACAAAUUAUUUUUUUUUACGUUCUAAAGUUAAUUUUCAAAUCAAAUAAAAAUAUCCAAAAGAUUUAUUAAAUGUAAAAAAAUACCAAAAACAUAUUAGAAAAAAAAUUGUACAGACAAAAUAUUCUUCGCUUCUCACGCAGCUUUGUCAAUAUGAUAAUUUUCAGAACCAUUGUAGACCUCUCUACCACUCUGAUAGAAACUCCUUUUCACUUUUUAAGGAGUUUCUCUUCAGCUUUUGCGUCUCUAAAACCGCUUUAAUUUGCCCUGUAUGCUGCACACACUGUUAUAAAGAAUAAAAUGGAUCACUAAUAGCGCAGAAAAUGUUUGUAUUUGUAUUUUAUGGUGAACAGAAAAAAAAAAGUUAUUCGAUAUAGGAAUAUUAGAAUUUAGGUUUUAUUUUCAAAGUUCAUCCCAGCGGCAAACAAUAUUACCCAACAAAAAGACGUCCAGCAGAUUUUAACAGGCACUGUACAAAAACUUUUGCCUCAAAAGAAUCGUGCAAAUUGCGAAGGGUUCGCAUGGGAUGAACGCCCGCACAGUAACUCUUGUCCAUUGAUAAAGAAAAAUUAGUGUAGGAAAAACAGGAAAAAGGAAAAUAUUGUAAAAAAAAAAAUUAAAAAAUAGUAGAAUAUAUUUAACCAUUAGUGCGUAGAAUUGCAAAAUGAAUCACCGUGUAUUGUAAAAGAGAACUAAAAUGAAAACUAAAAAAUACUCAAAAGAGGAAUUUGAUGAAUUGGCUGACAGAGACCAAAAAGUUCCUACAAAAAAAUAUGAGAAAGCAUAGCCUUGAUUCAUCGAAUUCGGCAGCAGGAAAUGCUUGUAAAAAAAUAAAUAAAAUUCACUUUCAGUUACCAUUUUCUUGUUAAUUGUCACAUUAUUGGACUAAUCACGCUCGAUGUAUUAGUGAAAAUAGACUACAGUCAAUUUGAGGUGUAUCAUAGAUGAAAAAAAACACAUAUCAUAUUACUUAAUAAUACUAUACAUAAUAAGAAAAAAAACAUACGUAGCCCAGAGAACAUGAUUAACAUGUACAUAGCACUGGAGAUAUUGUAUACAAAAUGUGUAUUAAAAUUGAAAAAAAAAUGAGGAUUAGUCAAGUGGAAGCACUUGAAAUUACUCAACAAAUCCCUUUAAAAUGAAUUUUAAAAAAAUCUUUUUUUUUUAAUGAAAAAACGUCAGAAUUUUUAUUCUUUUGUACCUAAUGUUUCUUUUUUUUUGGCUUUUUUGGUUUUAAUUCAGAUGAAAAGACGUUGAGAGCCACUAUUGUGGUUUAACAUUAAAGCGUCCAGUUGAAAAGAAAGGAGUGUCUUCAUGCUUUCAGUAGAAUAAACACAUAAGACAAACUGACUAAUUUAGAGAGUCAAAGAACCUUAAAGAAAAGCCAGAUUUUUAAAUUUUUUUGAAGAUUUUGCAAAAAUUAGAAGUUCAAAAUCUAGUUCAUAUUUUAUUAAACAUUUUUAUGGUUUACAGAUAAAAGUGCUAAAUUCGUGAGCUCUAAAAUAAAGAUACCUUUGAACAGUUAAAAAAAAACUCUCAAACGAUCGAAGCUUUAGAUUUAAUUGACUUGAUUAAUCCCAAAUAAAAGGAUUUAAAUUAUAAAGAGAAAAUAAAUCUUUAAAUAAAGCUUUCUUGAGCCUUCUCGAUUGCUUUUCCGACGAAUUUCCUUCAGAAUGAUAAAGAAGCUUUUAGUCUCUACUAUAAGCUUAAAAAAUAUUUUGAAAUUUUUCUCAUCCAUUUAAUGAAAUUUAUUCUUUUAAUUCUUGUUUCAUCUGACAAAUGAAAUUAUAAAAUUGAAGAUAAAUAUACAAAAUUGUCUCGUUUAAAAACACAGAAAAUAUUGAAAUUCUCAAUCUUUUGAAUUUUAAAAAAGAUUACGAAGAAACAAAAUAAAGAAUUAAGCUGAAAAAGCUUUCAAACCUAAAUUUAAAGCUCCAAUUGGAUACUUUUGAAUUUUGGGGGAAAUUCUGAUAAAAUCUUUUCUUUACUUAACAACUGAAAAGUUGCUGUAAGAUUUUGACAGGAUGGGUGUUAUUAAAUCGUUCUAUUGUCGUUCUAGAAAAGAAAACCAAAGAAUUUGUUGUUCAGGAAAAUAGACAGAAAGAUCUCUGAAGAGGCCUGGAAAAGCAAUUUUCCUUCAAAAAUACGAUUAAAGGUAGAAACAAAAUGUAAAAAUCCUAUAAGAUUUUUCCCGAAAUACCAAAAAUCUUAUAACUGACGAAUUGCAAGAAAAGAAAAGAAAAGAUUUUUAUCAGAAUUUACUGCCGUUAAUUUAUCAAGCUAAAGUUAAAAAAAAAUCUCUAAAACUAAACGGUUUUAUUGUGCUAAAGUAAAAUCAAGUAUUUCCCUUGACUAAACCUCAUUUUGCUUUCUGUAAAAGUUUGCCUCUGAAACAUAAUUUUAAAAAAAUGUUCCAGAAGCAAAAAAUAAUAACUAAAUUAAGCAGGACAACUUAAUCGACAUUAUACAUAUCAAACCAAUACCUUAUACUCGUCGUACUGUGUACAUAGGAAUUAGCAGAGUAUGUGAAAUAUUAAAAAAAAAAACAUAUCAUAUAUAGCUGGAAAAGUGAAUUUAGCUAAUGACGAAAUGUGUUCCAAAAAAGAAUUAGAAAAUAGAAGGAAAAAUUUUGCGGAAAACCACCGCUCUAGCUGGAGAGAUGUAGUGAGAAUUACAAUAAAAAGUAUUUAUUGGCAUAUUGAGAAAA